AUGGGCGACGUCAGCGGAUCACAACCGCAUCCAUCACCAAUCCAGCUCCUCGACGUUGAAGAUGUUCUAAAGAAGCUCACCAAAACUGAAAAAGCAGCUUUGACCGCAGGCAUCGAUUUCUGGCACACGAAAGCCAUUCCCCGCCUCAAUGUCCCCUCCCUCCGUCUCUCAGACGGCCCCAAUGGUGUCCGCGGCACCAGAUUCUUCAACGGCGCCCCCGCAGCCUGCUUCCCCAACGGAACCGCCCUCGCCGCAACUUGGGAUGUCGACCUCCUCCAAAAGGCUGGUGUGCUAAUGGGUGAAGAAGCCAAGCUCAAAGGCGCUCACGUGCUGCUCGGACCAACUGUGAAUAUGCAACGCAGUCCGCUGGGUGGCCGGGGCUUCGAAUCGUUUUCCGAAGAUCCAGUUUUAGCCGGUUUCGCUGCAGCGGCUAUUGUGAAUGGCGUACAGACGACUGGGGUUGUGGCUUCGAUUAAGCAUUUUGUUACCAACGACCAAGAACAUGAGCGGAUGGCUGUUGAUUCUAGGGUUACGGAACGUGCCUUGAGGGAGAUUUAUUUGUUGCCGUUUCAGAUUGCGGUUAGGGAUUCGAGGCCGGGGAGUUUUAUGACGGCGUAUAAUAAGUUGAACGGGGUGCAUCUGAGUGAGAAUAGGAGGAUUUUGCAGGAUGUUUUAAGGGGGGAGUGGGGGUGGGAGGGGUUGAUUAUGAGUGAUUGGUUCGGCACUUACUCUACUUCCGGAGCAAUCAACGCGGGCCUUGAUCUAGAAAUGCCCGGCCCAACCAGAUGGCGGGGCGGAAUUCUGGAACACGCUCUUCUUUCCAAGAAGAUAACAGAGCAUACUUUGGAUCUUCGCGUGCGAGAAGUUCUCAAGCUAUCAAAUCGAGUCCGAGAUUCCGGUGUUCCUGAGAAUGCACCCGAAAAAUCACAAAAUACCCCUGAGACGGCCGCGCUCCUGAGGAAGAUUGGUUCCGAAUCGAUAGUUCUACUCAAAAAUGAGAGUAACGCUCUUCCAUUCAAGAAGACCGAGACGGUAGCUAUCAUCGGGCCUGCUGCGAAGGCAGCCGCAUAUUGUGGCGGGGGUUCCGCGACUUUAAAUCCAUACUACGCCAUCACGCCCUUCGACGGCAUAUCCGGCAAAGGCGGCUCCGUAAAAUACUCCACGGGCUGUUACGCGCACAAGAUGCUCCCCGGUCUCGGGGCCCAAGUAAAGACGGCUGACGGCAAGCCCGGCGUUGUUUUCAAGGCCUUUACAUCACCACCCACAGUUACAGACCGCGUACCCGUCGACACCAUCGAGAUCGUGGACACUAAUAUGUACCUCUCUGAUUACACGCACCCCAAACUGACGGAGAAUCUGUGGUGGGCUGAAGUAGAAGCGUACUUCAUGCCUGACGAGAGCUGUGAGUUUGAGUUUGGAUUGACUGUUCAUGGGACGGGGAAGCUGUAUGUAGAUGGUGAGGUCUUGGUUGAUAAUGAGACAACACAGCGGCCUGGUGGGAGCUUCUUCAAUGUUGGAACUGUAGAGGAGACGGGCAUUAAACAUGUCGAGGCGGGCAAGACUUACAAAAUCAAGGUUCAGUGGGCGAGUGGCGUUACUUCGAAGCUCGCCGAGGCCGAUGGUGUUGUGUCGUUCGGCGGUGGUGGUUUAAGAAUUGGUGGCGCGAGAGUCAUCAAUGUGGAAGAGGAGAUUAAAAAGGCCGUUGAGCUUGCAAAGUCGGUCGAUCAGGUGGUCUUAUGCGUGGGAUUGAACUCGGACUGGGAGCAAGAAGGACAUGAUCGUCCUCACAUGGAUCUACCAGAACACACAGACGCCUUGGUCGCAGCCGUAGCGGCUGCAAACCCCAAGACCGUGGUCGUAGUACAGUCCGGAACCCCCGUCGCCAUGCCAUGGGCGAACGACGUCGCAGCAGUCGUACAGGCCUGGUACGGCGGCAACGAAACCGGAAACGCCAUUGCCGAUAUCCUAUACGGAGACGUGAACCCCUCUGGCAAGCUAUCGCUAUCAUUCCCCAAGCAAGUCGAGGACAACCCCGCGUACUUGAGCUACCGAUCAGAGCGCGGCCGUGUGCUCUACAGCGAGGACAUCUAUGUCGGAUACCGGUAUUACGAAGCGACGAAGAAAGCCGUCUCGUGGCCGUUUGGCUGGGGUCUCUCGUAUACUACUUUCGCGUUGUCUGAUUUGCACGUCGCUGUGGACGACAAGUCACUUAUAAUCAGCGCGAGCGUGGAAAAUACCGGCUCGGUCGACGGCAGUGAAGUCGUGCAAGUCUAUCUCACGCAGCAAGAUCCCUCCAUCAGACGACCAGUGAAGGAAUUGAAAGGGUUUCAAAAAGUGCGCGUUGAGAAGGGGUCACGGAAGAAAGUCGAAGUGGUGAUUGAGAGGAAAUACGCUACGAGCUUCUGGGACGAAGAGCGGGAUCAGUGGAUUGAGGAGAGUGGGGUUUAUGAUGUUCUUGUUGGAAAUUCCAGUGCGAACACGCCGUUGAAUGCUUCGUUUGAGGUGGCGGAGACGAGUUGGUGGUCGGGGUUGUGA